AUGAGGGAGCUCAUGGCCCAGAUGCAAGGCCAAGGAGGUUUCCCCAUUCCUCCAUAUGCCCCCCAUGGGCACUAUCAGCAAGAGGACGAGGUGCAAAGUCAUAGGGCUGCCUCGCCAGACCAUGGCCGAGGUGAAAGUCCAUUCGAGAGGGAAGUGGGAGUUGACAUUUCUUCCAAUUAUGCAUCUGGCCGGCCCUCCGAGGUCCAAAUGAGCCAUGAUAACUUCCCACCUCCAUAUGAGCAAGAUCCAAGACAGGGGAGAGCAGGAAGUGUUUUUGACAGAAUCAGCCCUACCGAAGCAAGACCCAGUCAACAGCAGGCUCAGCAGCCUCGGACGAGGCCACAGCCUCCACCUCUGAUGCCCCAGCAGCCGGAGAGAAGGCAGGAAAAUGCCCCCCGCGCUGUCCCGCCUAGAAGUAGGCCACAAAGGAGGGAGGAAGAGGCUAGGAACCAGCCCGGACCCUCUCACCAACAACCGAGGUACGAGGUCGAAGAAUACGAUUCUGAUGAGCAACAGAGGCUACCAUCUGGGAGCAUCCAAAGCUGGCCCGAGUUCAAAACUACCUUCUUGAAGAGGUUCGCAGUGAGCAGGGAAGGGGAGGCCCCCAUUCAGCGUCUUCAAGACAUGAGACAGGCGCAUGGCGAGUCCUUGAAAAACUUCAUAUCCCGCUUCACCGACGAAAUGACCUACUGUGUACAAGUCACCGACAGAGAGAUGAACCGAUCUGGAAAUCAGAACUCUGGCCAAGCUCUGGCCACUACAACUCUGAACGCGGUGCCAACCUUGGCUUAUGAGGAUGUCAACCCAAUCGCGGACCCACACCAGAUACAGGCCCAGCAGGGACCCUGUCCUAUGAGCACGACACCGCGGAUUGCAGAGAUUAUGCGCACCGCUCCCGGCAGGAGCCCGCCAGGGAAAGACAUAACUCGCCCCCAGGCAAACAGGCCCCCUUCCAGGCAAGACAACCAACAUGGGCGUGAGGCGGCCGCUCCUCGUCAAAGGGAUGUCUCCCCAAGGCGAUGA